AUGCCGACAGGUCAGAACAGCUACAACCCGUACAACUUCAAUCCGUACAACAUCCCAGGUCGAACACUUCGUCAGAACUACACGGCGACGUGGUGCACAGUUUCUAAAUCAGAGCAGAACAAGUGCACAGCAUUUUCCCACGCAAUCGAGAGGGAAAAGCAAUUUUUCGAAGAUGAGUACGUCUCACUGUCGUGCCAGCACGCCUUCAGCAAAGAGGAAUGCAUGAAUCUUCUGGACGAGGAGAAGGCGCAACUGACGACAUUGGAUGCUGGAGAGGUGUUCGUGGGUGGUAGAUACCACAGUCUUCUGCCAAUAGCCCAGGAGAUCCAUCAAGAUCGGUUAAAACAUCAAUACGCAGUGGCAGUUAUCAAGAAGGACUCCCUCCCGGAUGUCAACAGUCUGCGUGAUCUACGGGGUAAAAAGGCGUGUUUCGCAGGUGUUGGCACCCUCGCAGGUUGGGUGACACCCAUCUACACUCUGAUGAGAGAGGGUGGCCUAGAGAUCGUUGACUGCAACAAUCACGUGAAAUCAACCAUCAAAUUCUUCGGUCCCAGUUGUGCCGUCAACUCUUUGGUUGAUCGGUACAAUCCCCUAGGUGACAACUCUGAUCAACUCUGCAGACUCUGCAUCGGAGAAAUCCCUGGAGGCAGAUGCACCAACUCUGAUCCAUACGCUGGGUAUGAAGGUGCUUUCAGGUGUCUCGUUGAGGCUGGAGAAAUCGCCUUUCUCCUUCACACAACUGUUCACGAGAUGACCUCCACCAAUUUUGAUUUUACAUCUGUCAGCAAGGAUCAGUUUCAAUUACUCUGCAGGGAUGGAUCCAGAAAGUCCGUUGAUGAUUACAGAGACUGCAAUUGGGGAAAUGUUCCAUCACGUGCGGUUGUUGCCUCGUCGGCUACUAGUCCAGAGUUCAGGAGAGUUUAUCAGAGGUUUUUGAAGAAGGCUGUGCAGAUUUUUAAUAAAAAUACUGGGGGUAAUGGCUCGAACGAUGGGUACAAC